GGCCGGAACCUCCUGCGUGCCGUCCCGGCGCGCGGCACCUUCCCGCGGCCAGAGGAGUGUGAGGGGACUCGUCCCAGCUCGCUCCGUCGACUACCAGAGGGGACGCAAAGGCCCGGAAGGCCGCUCUGGGGCUCAGGUUAAAUCCGCUCCGUCUCCACACGGACUCAGUGCGUCGCGCGGCGGUUCCGUCCGUCUCACAGCGGCGGCUAGUUGCAUCAGGUCGCGUGCGCGGCCGGCGGCGGCUUCGGACACUGGCCCGGGCUCGGCCAGGCCCGCGGACCGGAGGCAUGGCGCACUUGCGGCUGCUCCUGCUGCUGUCUGGGCCUCAGCUUCUGGUCCUGUGGUGCUGUCCACCCAGCGCAGGUUUUCUGCAAGUGGAGAUGGCAGGGGAGACUCAGACGGUGCUUCUGAAUGACAAUGCCACUAUUAUCUGCAAAGUCCAGGGUUACCACCACCUGGACAUCACAAUUAUGGGUAUCACCUGGUUUUGGAAGCAUCAAGUGUCUGCAACAGAAGUUAAACUAUUUGAGUUUUUUGGAGACCACCAAAUGACAGUCCGACCUGGAGCCUCCGUGUCUCUACGGAGGCUGAAAAGGGGGGAUGCCUCGCUGCAGCUGCCAGGGGUCCAGCUACGGGAAGCAGGAGAGUACCGUUGUGAGGUGGUGAUCACCCCUCACAAAGCAGUGGGAACAGUCCAGCUGGAGGUUGUGGCUUACCCAGUCAGCAGCUUGUUUCCGGAGCAAGCCAUGGUGAAAGAAAAUGAAGAACAACUUAUUUUGUGUAUGGCAAGUGGGUUCUACCCCACAAACAUUACUGUAACAUGGAAAAAGUGGACCCAGAAGGAUCCCCAGUAUGUGGAGUUUUCUGAGGGCGUCUUCACUAAUUGUACCACCAAAAAUGAGGAUGGCAUGUUUAAUGUCACUAGCUUCUUGAUGCUAAAGCCCUCUCUGGAAGACAAUAUGACCAUCUACCAGUGUGUGGUAUGGCACAAAUCCUUGCCUACCUCCCAGAGGCUCAACUUCACCUUGACUAUGAUAGGAUCUCAGAAGUCAGCUUGUACUCUGAAGUACGUUUUUCUCUGUGCUGGAAUAAUCUUAGUAAUUGUACUGAUUUUAUUUAUUUUUUGGGAACAGGUACUACAUCAAACAAAUACCUUAUUCUCCAUCUUGAAAGCUUAUUCUCGGAACACCCAAAUUGACACGAGAGAGUAAACAACUAUAAUGAGGUGCUUUCAUUAUGAUGCAUUCAUGGCUUAUUCUGAUGGGGGAACCACUAGAAGAACAUUGGAAGUUCUUACACAGGAACAGCAGAAACACCAAGGUUUCUCAGUGAAUGCAUCUGUAACUGAAAUUACUUUUCCUGGUGGCUUAGAUAGCUUGCUCAAGAGCAGACUGUUCAAGGUGCCUUCCUUGAUAGCCUCCUGCCAAUCAGCUUAUCCAAGAAAAAGAGAGCAACACUUUCCAAAGAAGACAUACUACAGAUGGCCAAAAGACACAUGAAAAAGGUGCUCAACAUCACUCAUCAUCAGGGAAAUCAAAACCACGAGAUUAUUACCUCAUACCUGUCAGAAUGGCUAGUAUCAGAAAGACAGGAAGCAACAGGGUUGGCAAGGAUGUGGGGAAAAGGGAACCCUAGUGCACUAUAUUGAUGGAAUGUAAAUUGCUAGUAGCCACUAUGGAAAACAGAAUGGAAGUUCCUCAAAAAAUUAAAAAUAGAAUACCAUGUGAUCCAGUAAUUUGACUUCUGGGUAUUUAUCUGAAGAAAACGAAAACACUAACUCUAAAAGAUACAGAUACCCCUAUGUUCACUGAAGUAUUAUUUACAAUAACCAAGAUAUGGAAACAAGUGUCCAUUGAUGGAUGGAUAAAGAAAAUGUGAGACUGUGUGAUAAAGAAAAUAUAUAAUGAAAUAUAUGUAUAUAUAUAUAAUGGAAUAUAAUGGAAUUUUAUUCAUCCAUUAAAAAAAGAAUGAAGCCUUGUCAUUUGCACUAACACAGAAGGACCUUGAGGAUAUAAUGUUAAAUGAAAUAAGUCAGACAGAGUAAGACAAAUACCAUAUGAUCUCACAUGUGAAAUCUAAAAACAAAAACAAAAACCCAAGCUCAUAGAUAACAGAGAGCGCAAUGGUGGGUGCCAGGGGUGGAGUGGGGUGGAUGAAAUGGGUGGAGGUGGUCAAAAGGUACAAUCUUCUGGUUAUAAAAUAAAUUAUGGGGAUGUAAUAUACACCAUGGUGCCUAUAGUUAAUAGUACUGUAAUGCGUAUUUGAAAGUUACUAAGAGUAAAUCUUAAAACAGUUUAGAAAAACUUUUAAGAAAAGAAUAUUUUUAUAACUAUGUAUAGUGACAGAUGUUAACUAGACUUAUUUUGGUGAUAUUUUGCAAUAUAUACAACUACUGGAUCAUGUUGUACACCUGAAACUGAUGUACUGUAUGUCAAUUAUACUCCUCCCCCAAAAGUAACACUGUUUUUAGACUGUGGCCUGUUUCCAUUUCAAAUUCUACUUCUUAGUUCAAUGAGAUCCACCUAUACAUGCUAAUAUAAGAAUAAAAGUAUGCAGCUGCA